AUGCAAAAACCGAAGACAUGGAUGAAGGUUGUCACAGUAGCUGCUCCACUAUCAGUCAUCGGAGUAGUGUUCCUCUCGCUGCAAAUUAACAAGUGGAGUAAACAAUGGUUAGAUAAGAAAGCCAAUGAAAAUCCUCUUUAUUCAAUUUACAAGGAAAAUGUAGAAAGAACGAAUCAAGGAAAACCAAUUAUAAAACCUGAGGAAAUUCAAGAUGAACAACUUCGUCAAGUUUAUCAAGCAGAAUAUGAGAGACAGCUCCAAAAGAGACAACGUUACAGAUAUGAAGAAGACGAGGAUGAGGAAUAA